AUGGACCUAAGUAAUUCUCAGGAACAGCCCAUGGCUGCAGAAGGACAGGAGGUUUUGGCAGACUGUAAUCUGAACAAAUCCCAGGAAAUGGAAAGUAUGGAUAAUGCAGAAGAUAUGAAGGAACACAAUCAGUCUAAUGAAGAAGCAGGAGAUGAUGUGGUUAAAGUGAAAGGUGAAUACAGUGAAAGAGAGGAGAGUGCUUUAAAUUCAGAGCCUAUGGAAAACCCAGAAGAAUCGGAAAUGCCUUACGCCUAUCCCAGAGAAUAUAACGAAUAUGAAAGCAUUAAACUGGAAAGACAUUCUGGUUCAUAUGACGUCAGGCCAGCUAGUGGGAAAAUGAACUGUGAUGUCUGUGGAUUAGCCUGCAUUAGCCUCAAUGUCUUGAUGGUUCAUAAGCGUAGCCACACUGGUGAACGGCCAUUCCAGUGUAAUCAGUGCGGAGCUUCCUUUACUCAGAAGGGUAACCUCCUCCGCCACAUUAAACUACAUACAGGGGAAAAACCUUUUAAAUGUCAUCUUUGCAGUUAUGCCUGCCAAAGGAGGGAUGCGCUAACAGGUCACUUAAGGACACAUUCUGUGGAGAAGCCGUACAAAUGUGAGUUUUGCGGAAGGAGCUACAAGCAGAGGAGCUCGUUAGAGGAGCACAAGGAGCGGUGCCGUACUUACUUGCAGAAUGCUGGCAUGUGCGAGGCUGCAAGCGUGGAGGCAAGGCACAUCAAGGCAGAGAUGGGGAGUGAAAGAGCCCUUGUGCUGGACAGGCUAGCGAGCAACGUGGCAAAGCGAAAAAGCUCAAUGCCUCAGAAAUUUAUUGGUGAGAAACGACACAGUUUUGAUGUGAAUUAUAACUCGAGUUUCAUGUACGAAAAGGAAAGCGACAUAAUGCAAGGACGCAUGAUGGACCAGGCCAUCAACAACGCCAUCACCUACCUUGGGGCUGAAGCCUUGCGCCCUCUCGUGCAGACGCCACCGGCUCCCACCUCCGAAAUGGUCCCGGUCAUCAGCAGCCUGUACCCCAUACCGCUGACCCGCACUGACAUGCCCAACGGCACCUCGCAGGACGCGGAGAAGAGCCAUGCCCACCUCAGGGACAAAAGCCUGUCCUCCGACAGAGGCCUUUCCCCGAACAACAGCGGCCAAGACUCCACAGACACUGACAGCAACCACGAGGAGCGGCAGAAUCCCACCUUCCACCAGAGCCAGAUGAUCCCCGCUCAGGCCCGCAACGGCCUCCAGUCCUUGAAGGAUUUCCCCAGGCCGUACGACAUAAUCAAACCACCCGCCGUGUGCCCGCGCGAUGCCUUUAAGGUCAUCAACAAGGAAGGGGAAGCCAUCGGGGUCUACCGGUGCGACCAUUGCCGUGUCCUCUUUUUGGAUUAUGUGAUGUUCACCAUCCACAUGGGCUGCCACGGGUUCCGCGAUCCCUUCGAGUGCAACGUCUGCGGGUACAGAAGCCACGACCGAUACGAAUUUUCCUCGCACAUAGCGCGAGGAGAGCACAGGGUGGUGCUCAAAUGA